UCGAAUAGAAUCCAUCCGUACCGGUUGACUUUUCAUUUCUUCUCGCACUAGUCAUCACUUUGCGCAUCAAUACAUUCACACUUUCCACACGCACACAUUCAAAAUAAAAUAGAAUACGUGAAUUGAAAGAUGGCUUCCCUCGUAGCUGGAACUCUGUGUCGGCAAGCACGUUCUAUCGGUCGUCUGCAUACGCUCAAUCAGAACCAUUUUGCAAGUCAAUCAAGUUUAAUUCAAUUGUGUCUUCGUAACUUUGCCACUAAAAAAAUGGGAUUACCUCGUGUAUUUUUCGACAUGGCCAUCGAUAAUGAGCCAGCUGGCCGUUUCAUUGUCGAGCUCCGUCCCGAUGUUGUACCAAAGACAAGCGAAAACUUCCGCGCUUUGUGCACUGGCGAAAAAGGUUUCGGAUACAAGGGAUCCACUUUCCACCGUGUCAUUCCAAAUUUCAUGUGUCAAGCCGGUGAUUUCACCAACCACAACGGCACUGGCGGCAAAUCCAUCUACGGUAACAAAUUCGAAGAUGAAAACUUCACCUUGAAGCAUACCGGACCAGGUGUUUUGUCAAUGGCCAAUGCUGGACCAAACACAAAUGGUUCGCAAUUCUUCAUUACAACCGUGAAAACAUCCUGGUUGGACAACCGUCACGUUGUUUUCGGUACCAUCGUCGAGGGUAUGGAUGUGAUCAAGAAGAUUGAAUCCUUUGGCAGCCAAAGUGGGAAACCAAAGAAGAGCAUUUCAAUCGCCGACUGCGGUCAACUCUCAUAAGAUGGGAUAACUCUUUUUUUUUUAUUAAAACAAACAUUGAAACGUCAAAAAAUACCUUGCUCUUUUCACAUUUUGAUGUUUUUUCUUUCUUUCUUUUCUUUAAUGAUUUAAAUUACACAAAACACACAUGUUCAAAAUGUAACGCAUUUCAAUACAGAUAAAGAAACGAAAACAUUAGAUUCUCUUGUAAUUUGUUAGAGUUAUACAAUUGUAUUUGCAUCCAACAACUAAUACUUGUGAAAAGCACAUCUUCAAAAUAACUACAAUAAAAGAUUAUUCCAUAGUAAACAAACGAAAAUAAA